CUUCACACUACACGGAACCACAGCCACUGUCUGCAAAUCCCCUUCCUUGCUUUUCUUCCUUCUCUCUCACCUGAAGAGAAGAGAACCAAACAACUGCAAAGGCAAUGGCUGGCUAUAGAGCGGAGGACGAUUAUGAUUACCUCUUUAAGGUAGUCCUGAUCGGCGAUUCGGGAGUGGGCAAGUCCAAUCUUCUUUCCAGGUUCACCAAGAAUGAGUUCAACCUCGAGUCCAAGUCCACCAUUGGGGUUGAGUUCGCUACUCGCUCCUUGAACGUUGAUAGUAAAGUCAUUAAAGCUCAGAUCUGGGACACUGCUGGCCAGGAGAGGUACCGAGCUAUCACUAGUGCAUACUAUCGUGGGGCUGUUGGCGCACUUAUCGUGUAUGAUGUCACGCGCCAUGCAACAUUCGAGAAUGUUGACAGAUGGCUGAAAGAACUGCGAAACCACACGGAUUCCAACAUUGUUGUGAUGCUUGUUGCGAACAAAUCCGAUCUUCGUCACCUUGUAGCUGUUUCGACUGAAGAUGGGAAAUCUUAUGCCGAGAGGGAAUCAUUGUACUUCAUGGAAACCUCAGCUCUUGAGUCCACCAAUGUGGAGAAUGCAUUUGCUGAAGUUCUGACUCAAAUCUACCGAAUUGUUAGCAAGAAGGCGGUUGAGACUGCAGAAAAUGGAACGGCUACUGUGCCAGCCAGGGGAGAAAAAAUAGAUCUUAAAAAUGAUGUAUCUGCCUUGAAGAAAGUUGGUUGCUGCUCAAGCUAGCCUGGGAAGACAGAAUCCUGUUUUCCUGGUUGCUGUGGGUUCUGUUGUACUGUACGUGUAGUAUUCUGAUAUAUAAA